AAUUUGUUAAACAUUCAAAGUAGGACGCCUUGCUUUGCAUUGACGCUUCCUACGUAUUGUAUUAAUAUACCAUGUUGUCAUUCCUUUACUCCUAUAGCUGUGCUAAUGUUCCCGUUGUUGGAAUAGCUUUUUCUUAUUUUAUCUCUUGUAUCAUAUUGUAUCCUGGCUGUCUUAAUAAUGAGUUAGGAAGGCUAAGUCAGCAUAUCAAUCUGCAGUGUUUACAUUAUUAUUAUUGUUAAUAAUAUUAUUGUUAUUAUUAUUAUUAUUAUUAUUAUUAUUAUAAUUAUAGGUUGCCAAUGCAGAUGUAGAUUUUCAAACUAUAGUGCUCCCGUUUUCGUUGUCAUUGUUAUUAUUCUUAGUUGAGAAAGCGGAGUCUGCAUUUACAACUAUGUAGUUACUGUUUUCUUUCUUAUUGAGAAUGCUAAAUAAGUAUUUCCAACUCUAUGUCCCUGUUUUCAUUACUGUUAUACUUGUUGUUGCAUACUUUCUUUGGGAAGAUGCAAUGAAGCAACAUUUACUGAGAGCACAGUGGUAAUGCAAAAAUCAGACAUUUGAAUCAGGCUGGAGAGCAACAGGUAAAAGAUCAUUUUGGUUUGACUCUUUGGAGAGGAAACUUCUAAAUGAAGAUGGUGACUACCAAUGUGCAAGUGUGACUCAAUGUACAGUAUGUGACAUUACUAAAUUCAAUUCAAUUGAAAUGAUGUGAGAAAAGAGUUGAGAGACACUUUGUUUUCAGUUCAUUCAUGUCGUUUGGCAGAGUCUGUACUUAUCAAGUAUCAAGGGACAAAGUUUAAAUCAGGCUUGAUGAGUCUCUGAUGAAGAAAGUCAGGGUUCUUCUACCUAACCAUAAUGCUAAACCAGUCUCUUAAUUAUUUAGCUUCCUUCCUUUUUUCUUACAGUUAUGAAAAGUACUCGAAGGCAUCCACCUCAAUGACAGCUGAGGGUAACCUACAGUCUCAUUUUCUCCUGUCACAGUCCAGCAAUGGCAGUGAAUAUCACAGUAUUACCAUUGAUUGGGAAGACGAGGAAGAAGGAGUUUAUGGGGAAUCAAUUUCUGAUAAAGAGGUGCUAUCGAACUCAGAGGAAGACACGGAGAGCUCUGAUGAAGAAGACAGUGUUUUCCGCUCUUGUGCACGAUCUGACAGUGCCACAAAGACACCUCUCCCAGCUGCAGGCAUGGAGGAGUCGGGGUGUGAUCUUGGAGAGAGUGAGGAACUCCCAAUGACUGACAUCACAUCAGGCCCAGAUUACCAGCUUGUCUUAUGUGAAGAUGACAUUGUUGGUGAAAAAGCCUCCAUAGCAUAUGAGAAAAACCUCCGACAACUUGCAGGCUUUCUCAGAUUCCCGCUGGAAAAGUGUGAAUACAGUGACCCUCUCCUGGGAGUUGAAUGUGACGCUGUUCAACCCUUUGACAUAGUCAUGGAGUCACGGGGAACUGCAUCAACCAUUGAAUGGAUAUGUUCCCGAGGACACAGCCUUUGGAAGUGGAACUCUCAGCCUGUUUUCAAGUUUGGCAUGCAGUCAGGGGACUUCAUGCUGGCCACCAAUAUCCUCCUCUCUGGAAAUGAUUAUGACAAAAUAGCACUUCUGUUCCAGUACAUGAGCAUGAACAUAGUGGCUAAGUCCUCUUUCGCUGCGGUGCAACAUUCAUACUGUGUUAACACCAUCAAGGAGUUCUGGCAGGAGACGAGAUACAAAAAAGUCUACAACAAGCAGUUGCAAAAGUAUCAGUACAUCAUCAAGAACCACAAAACCUGCACUGUCAUACCUGACCUACAGAGAGCCAUCGUUAGGAAACAUUUGGGGUCAGGGAAGACCGUGCCGAGGAUGAGGAGUUCCUCCAACCCUGAUGAUCCAGAGAGUCUUGGCCUCAUCCCACCAAUGUAGUCACUAACAUCACAGGAGCUGCUCCAGAGGCAGGCCCCCAGAGGAGAGUUGUUCGAAAAGACAAGGGUGAAAAGUAUGAACAUGGAUUUCUGUCACAAGACUGACGACAAGGUGAAACUGAAACUGUCCUGAAGAAAGAGCAGCAUGGAAGGACUUGAACUACCUGAACUUAUUGCUUAUCAAUAAGCUUUUUGUAAAUAUGUAUAAAGGUAUUUGUACAGUUUUGUGUUUGCAUUUGUAAAGUAAUAUAUUAAAAGAUGUGAUGAUGUACUUUUGAAAAAGCUA